CGCAAUCAGCAUGAAAGUGUGACUAGGAGUGGCAAGCACCAGAAUCCGUCCUAGAUGCCAACAACAAACUUCCGAGAUCAUGAUUCAACGGACAAUAUUCCCUGCAUCAUGGAACAAACGAUACCCCCUGUGAAGUCUCCCACUUAUAAGGCUGGGUCUGACCUCUUUUCGUCUUAACUUCUUCCACUUUUUAUUUUGCCAGUCAAGACAGGUUCUUGCUAGAUUCAAGCGUUUUCUUCCUUUUCAUUCAUUUUCGCGGGCGUUCCCAUUCGUUUAAUCCUGCAGUCGUAUUUUUUUUUUUGCAACAUGAUCUCUUCAAAGACCCUCUUCGCGCUUGGUUCGCUUUCAGUGUCUGCCUUGGCUCUACCCAUCUAUCGUCGAGAGGUGCCUCAGGAGCAUUCUCAUGAACAGUUCUUAACUACUGUCGGGGCAAGCCUGGCGCUUAACAAUCCUGACAACAUUACAGACCCUGUAUUUGGUCUCUUGGGUAAUGCUGCUGCUAUUGCCGGUGCGGGGAACAUCGCCGAUGCAACAUGUCUCCAACAGGCCACAGCGGACCAGGCCUUCACGAAUGCGAAGGCCGCGGGAGAUGUCGACGGCAUGGUUGCUGCCUUGAUCUACCGAGCUCUGGAGAGGAAUUCAGGGUCCGUUGGUGCAACUACCGAUGCCUGCACCAGUAUCCAAGCUGUGAACCCCGAGAUCGCUGCCAUUCAACAGCACCAGGACCCCGCUUCAGACAAUGCUGCAGCCGUAAACAAGGCCAUUGUGUUGGAACUCGCACAACAGAUCGCUGCUGUCGGUGGCAACGCACAAGAUGCCCUUAAAUCUGGCACUUUCGCGCCUGGUAAGAUCGGAGACCCGACUGCUGCUGGCAACACCUGCGAUGACGCCAACGACCCUGUCGGCUGUAUCUUCACCCAGAAUCUGUUGGUAGAAGACGCUACUGCCGAUGAAAUCGACGCUGCGGCAACGGGAGGCACGAGUGAUACAACUGACGACUCAAGCAACGCUUCCGGUGCCGCCUCUGCUGAUUCUGCCACGUCCACAGCAGAUGCCACAUCCGCCACUGCUACCGUCGCAGCUCGCUCUGACUCUACUGCUACUGCUUCUGCCGCUGCAGGUUCCGCCGCUGAUACGACCGGUACAAACCUGCAGACUUUUACCGGAGCUCUUGGGGGCAUAGCAGCACCUGCUGUGACAGCGGGCGGCCGAGGAUUUGUGGUUGAAGGCUCUGAUGAUUUCCUCAACGUUGGUGCUGCUCUCACCAGGUCAUGUUCCAUCCAGCAUAAUGCAUGUGCCGAUGCCGCAAAUAGUGGAAGUGCCGAUAUCACUGUGGGUGAUUGUGAUGAGCAGUCUACCGAGUGUGAGGCGGCGGCCUGAGCUCUAGCGUAGACGCUGAGGCUACUUCACAGCAUCUGUCUCUUCCAGUUAGUGCUCGCAUUCUAGCAUAAUACCCCGGCAAUAAAUUAGUGGUGG